UAUUAUCUCAUUUUUUUUCUUCUCUCUCAUUUAAUUUUCUUCUCUCUAUCCAAACUCAAAUGUCCCCAGAGAGUCUCGAGUCCUUAUCGUGAACUUUUUUGUUCCUUUAUCUGUUCCACGAAGAAGACAAUUUGAAGUUUUCUGUUGAAGUUUCUCGCCGGCGAUUUAGUGAUUUUCAGACAAGUAUUUGAAGCUUGGAAGUGUUUAGACGUGUGUUGGAUUUGUAAAAAUCCAACCUUUGGCUUGCUUCUCUCUAUGGUGUCAAGAUCUUGUGCAAAUUUUAUAGAUUUAGCAUCUUGGGACUUAUUGGACUUUCCUCAAACUCAAAGAGCUCUUCCUCGUGUCAUGACUGUUCCUGGUAUCAUCUCUGAGUUGGAUGGAGGCUACAGUGAUGGAUCCUCUGAUGUUAAUUCCUCAAGCAGCUCCCGUGAGCGGAAGAUUAUAGUGGCUAAUAUGUUACCAUUACAAGCUAAGAGAGAUACAGAGAGUGGUCAAUGGUGUUUUAGUUGGGAUGAAGAUUCUCUUCUCUUGCAACUCAGAGAUGGGUUUUCUUCGGAUACGGAGUUUGUUUAUAUAGGAUCACUUAAUGCUGAUAUUGGUACGAGUGAACAAGAAGAAGUUUCUCACAAGCUUUUGUUGGAUUUCAAUUGUGUUCCUACGUUUUUACCCAAGGAGAUGCAAGAAAAGUUCUAUCUUGGUUUCUGUAAACACCAUUUGUGGCCGCUCUUUCACUAUAUGCUUCCUAUGUUCCCUGACCACGGUGAUCGUUUUGACCGGCGUCUUUGGCAAGCGUAUGUCUCUGCAAACAAGAUAUUUUCAGAUAGGGUGAUGGAAGUCAUCAACCCUGAGGAAGAUUAUGUUUGGAUUCAUGAUUAUCAUCUGAUGGUUCUUCCCACAUUCUUGAGGAAACGGUUUAACAGGAUCAAGCUUGGAUUUUUCCUUCACAGUCCAUUUCCAUCGUCAGAAAUCUACCGCACUUUGCCAGUGAGGGAUGAUCUUCUGAGAGGAUUGUUGAACUGUGAUCUCAUUGGUUUCCACACAUUUGAUUAUGCACGUCAUUUUUUGUCAUGCUGCAGUAGAAUGCUUGGCCUUGAUUAUGAAUCUAAGCGUGGGCACAUUGGGCUUGAUUACUUUGGUCGAACGGUGUUUAUUAAGAUCCUUCCUGUUGGCAUCCAUAUGGGGAGGCUGGAAUCGGUUUUGAAUCUUCCGUCGACUGCAGCGAAAAUGAAAGAGAUACAAGAACAGUUCAAGGGGAAAAAGUUGAUUCUCGGUGUCGACGACAUGGACAUCUUUAAAGGCAUAAGCCUCAAACUUAUAGCCAUGGAACGUCUCUUUGAGACAUAUUGGCAUAUGCGAGGAAAACUUGUCCUGAUUCAGAUAGUGAACCCAGCUCGGGCCACAGGUAAGGAUGUGGAAGAAGCAAAGAGGGAGACAUAUUCAACUGUAAAAAGGAUUAACGAGCGCUAUGGUUCUGCUGGUUAUCAGCCAGUGAUCUUGAUUGAUCGUCUUGUUCCACGUUAUGAGAAGACUGCCUAUUAUGCAAUGGCAGACUGCUGCCUGGUGAAUGCAGUAAGAGAUGGCAUGAACUUAGUUCCAUAUAAAUAUAUCAUUUGCAGGCAAGGGACCCCAGGAAUGGAUAAGGCCAUGGGCAUUAGCCAUGACUCACCCCGGACGAGCAUGCUUGUCGUCUCUGAGUUUAUCGGCUGCUCGCCUUCAUUGAGUGGUGCGAUCAGGGUGAACCCAUGGGAUGUAGAUGCUGUUUCAGAAGCGGUAAACUUAGCCCUCACCAUGGGUGAAACUGAAAAGCGAUUAAGGCACGAGAAACACUAUCACUAUGUCAGUACUCAUGAUGUGGGUUACUGGGCAAAGAGCUUUAUGCAGGAUCUGGAGAGGGCAUGCCGGGAACAUUAUAAUAAACGUUGUUGGGGUAUUGGUUUUGGCUUGAGUUUCAGAGUUUUGUCACUAUCUCCGAGUUUUAGGAAGCUAUCUAUCGAUCACAUUGUCUCGACGUACAGAACUACACAGAGAAGGGCAAUAUUUUUGGAUUAUGACGGCACUCUCGUUCCUGAGAGCUCCAUUAUCAAAACCCCUAAUGCUGAAGUCCUGUCUGUUCUGAAAUCUCUGUGUGGAGAUCCUAAAAACACUGUGUUUGUCGUCAGUGGAAGAGGAUGGGAGUCUCUGAGCGACUGGCUAUCUCCAUGUGAAAAUCUUGGAAUCGCAGCUGAACACGGAUACUUCAUAAGGUGGAGUAGCAAGAGAGAGUGGGAGACUUGUUACUCGUCGGCUGAGGCGGAAUGGAAGACGAUGGUAGAACCGGUAAUGAGAUCAUACAUGGACGCAACGGAUGGUUCUACUAUAGAGUUCAAAGAGAGUGCUUUGGUUUGGCAUCAUCAAGAAGCGGAUCCGGACUUUGGAGCCUGUCAAGCAAAGGAGCUUCUGGAUCAUCUAGAGAGUGUACUUGCAAAUGAGCCUGUUGUCGUCAAGAGAGGCCAACACAUUGUAGAGGUCAAACCACAGGGAGUGAGCAAAGGUCUAGCCGUGGAAAAGGUGAUACACCGAAUGGUAGAGGAUGGAAACCCACCGGACAUGGUAAUGUGUAUAGGAGAUGACAGAUCAGACGAGGACAUGUUUGAGAGCAUAUUGAGCACAGUGACAAACCCGGACCUCCCAAUGCCACCAGAGAUCUUUGCUUGCACGGUGGGAAGAAAACCAAGCAAAGCCAAGUACUUCUUAGAUGAUGUCUCAGAUGUAUUGAAGCUCCUAGGAGGAUUAGCUGCUGCCUCGAGCAGCAGGAAGCCAGAGGAUCAACAACAAUCCUCCUCAUUGCACACGCAAGUGGCGUUUGAGAGCAUCAUCUGAUAACAAAAAAUGAUUAUUCCAAGUGUGUCAGUGUGAGUAACCAUAACCAACAUGGGAAAGGGUUUGUAUAUGAAGAAGGUUUACCACGAUGGGGACUGGUCUGUGUGAUAUAUUUAUUUUCAAACGCUUGAGAGGUGUCUUUUCUUCAAUCUCUCUCACUGUUGUUUUCUUGUUUCUUUAGAAUUGCAGUUUUUACCUCUUUGUAUAGAAGAAAGUCUCUGGUGGUUUGUAAUUUACACGGACUCGGAGUAACCAAAUGGACAAGUUGGUUUUGUAA